CGGACAUCGCUACUCCCUCAGAGAAAUUGACAGCAGCUGGGUCGCCUGUGUGAGCAAACCCGAAGGACAGACACGGCAGAAAAUAAAACUCUGCCGCUACAGUGGGCUCCCCCUUCCCCUUUCCCCCACCGCUUGAGCGUACAUAUCAACAAGCCGAUCCGGACGAACGCCCUGACUCCGUUUCCCCGCUUUUAUAGCGGAGCGGUCAGGACUUUCCUCGCGAACUGAAACGUCAGUAGCUUAGCCGAGCUAGCGGGCUAACGCGACUAGCUGGGUUCAGCUACGAGGAGGAAUUACAAUUAUUCCACCGAGAAACACUCAAGGAUGUCGGGGAAGGAGCAGAAUAAACAAUCCACCACCGAACGGCUCGUAAAAGCGGUGCCGUACCCUCCCACGACGCGGCUCACCAUGAAAGAGCUGUACGAGGACGGCAAGCCCAAGGUGGAGCUUUUGAAGAGCCACCUGGUGAAAGAGGGCCGCCUGGAGGAGGACGUGGCCCUACGCAUCAUCAACGAUGGCGCCAACAUCCUCCGCCACGAGAAGUGCAUGCUGGAAGUGGAGGCCCCCAUCACAGUGUGUGGAGAUGUCCAUGGGCAGUUCUUCGACCUGAUGAAGCUUUUUGAGGUGGGGGGUUCCCCGCACAACACACGCUAUCUAUUUUUGGGAGACUAUGUGGAUCGAGGCUAUUUCAGUAUUGAGUGUGUGCUCUAUCUGUGGGCCCUGAAGAUCAACCACCCGACCACCCUCUUCCUCCUCAGAGGCAACCACGAGUGUCGGCAUCUCACGGAGUAUUUCACCUUUAAACAAGAAUGCAAGAUUAAGUACUCUGAGCUUGUGUAUGAUGCCUGCAUGGAGGCCUUUGACUGCCUUCCCCUGGCUGCUCUGCUCAACCAGCAGUUCCUGUGCGUUCACGGAGGCCUGUCCCCCGAGGUCACCUGCCUCGACGACAUCCGGAAAUUAGACAGGUUUAAAGAGCCGCCAGCUUUCGGGCCGAUGUGCGACCUGCUGUGGUCUGACCCUGGUGAGGACUACGGCAGUGAAAAGAGCUCAGAGCACUUUUGUCACAACAGUGUGAGAGGAUGUUCCUAUUUCUACAGCUACCCUGCAGUAUGUGACUUUUUGAUGAAUAAUAACUUGUUGUCAGUUAUAAGAGCACACGAAGCCCAAGAUGCAGGAUAUCGAAUGUACAGAAAAAGUCAGACGACAGGCUUCCCCUCAUUAAUCACAAUCUUCUCUGCACCAAACUACUUAGAUGUGUAUAACAAUAAAGCUGCUGUGUUGAAAUACGAGAACAACGUCAUGAACAUCCGGCAGUUCAAUUGCUCUCCUCACCCGUACUGGCUGCCCAACUUCAUGGAUGUGUUCACGUGGUCACUGCCCUUCGUCGGGGAGAAAGUUACAGAGAUGCUGGUCAACGUGUUAAACAUCUGCUCAGAUGAUGAGCUUAUGUCAGAGGGAGAUGACACAUGUGAAGGUGGCACCCCGGCAGUCCGCAAGGAGGUGAUCCGAAAUAAGAUUCGUGCCAUUGGCAAGAUGGCCAGAGUUUUCUCUGUUCUUAGAGAGGAGAACGAGAGUGUGUUGCAGCUAAAGGGCUUGACCCCCACCGGGACGUUGCCUCUGGGUGUCCUGUCAGGAGGCAGACAGACCCUACAGAGCGCCACCAUAGAAGCAGAGGAAGCACGAGCCAUUCAAGGCUUCAACCCUCAACACAAGAUCCAAAGCUUCGAAGAAGCACGUGGACUGGACCGGAUAAACGAGAGAAUGCCUCCGCGCAAGGACAGCGUGCAGCCAGACGGCACUGCCAACUCCAUCAACGCAGCCAAUUCCCCCGACAAGAACGGCACCAACGCACAGGCGUAGUAACCCAGCAGCUACCUAGCGCUCUCCCUCAUCCUUUCCUUUCUGUCUCUCUCUUUAUUUUAUUUUUUUUUUUUCCUCUCUCUCCCUUGGUUUUCCUCUCAUUCUCUCUCUUUGGUAGAGGUGAUGCCCCCUACAUGCAAAACUCUCCUGGACCAUUUCGGGGAGAAUCGCACAAUACCAUGAAGAGGGCGUAGUGAUAAACAAACCAUGGUUCUUAUUUAUUUAUUGAUAUAGAUGAUAAGAAAUUUAAGAUCUGUAACGGUGGAAAAAUUGAGAUGAAUGAUUACAUACAUGAUGAAUAUUACAUGUGUACAUAAAAUACAGAAUAUAUAUAUAUAGACAUAGCAUUGGGGUGGUGUAAGGUCAUCUUAGAUUCAGUAGUUAAAAAAAAAAACAAAACAAAAAAAAACAAUCCAUUUUGUAAAUUUACGUUUAUAAAUUAGAUUUAUUUCUGACGUUUUUCUUUUCUUUUUUUUUUUUUUUUUUUUUUUUUUUUUUUUUUUAAACAACCAAAACUUGCUCUGCAGAAUUACUUUAUCGUUGUUUGUGCGCUUGGCAAAGGAAUUUUUUGCCCGACAUAAUUAUAUAGAAUGCUUAUUUGUGAUUACCCAAAGCAAGUAUGAUAAUUGUUGACGCAAAAAAAAAAAAUUUUAUUGAAACAAUGUGAAAAAUUACCUUCAUAAUGCCAAUUAUAGCUAAGGGGAGUGCAUUAAUAACAAGUGUUGACACAUUUAUAUGUACAUGUACAUUUUCAAGUGUUCCCUCAACCAAAUGUAAUGUUUACUUUGUUUUAUUUGUUUGUUUGUUUGUUUUUUUUUUUUUUUCCUGUUCAUAACUCAAACUACUACACUGAUUUGUAAUCAAUAAGGCGAAAAAGCAAAAGCCAUCCUGCAAGAUGGUUGGGAGCGAUCGUGUCUGCUUGUUUUUUGUUUACUUUCUCCCUUCAUUUUGUAGUCAGUCACGUUUUUAUCGGCCUCUGUCGUAAUUUCGCACACUUUUAGACCUUUUCGCAUUUUGCUAAAACCACAGUGGUAAAAGGCACGGUUUAACUGCCAUGAUUUUACACGGGCAUUUUUCUUGCCGCCCAAAAUAUAUAUGUUAAAUAUGAUUAGAUGAGGUGAACGUUAAACAUCUCAGAAAAUGAGCAUACAUGCCUUACAUCUUGCGUCUCAUCUCGACUAAAUGAAAUUAGUUAAACCGAAAAUUGUCUCGCUUGCCUUUUUUAUUUUCUGUUUAUACAAAACAAUUGUAGCCCACCACUUGGAUGUUUUUAACAUUAAAAACCCAUUUGAUUGUU